ACUCGCAGCAGGAAAGGGCAGUAUCACGUGACAGACUCCAACAUGGCGCAGGACUGCUGAGGUAGCGUAAACCUCCCUUCUUGUUUGACAGGUUUGGGACUGAGGGUCUCGAAGGAAGUACAGACGGGCUGACAGCUGUGUGCUUCGUUGCAGAGGAGAAAACGGGAUGCAGGAAGGAUUUCACACGAGAAUCAUGUUUCUGUCACGGGCGCUGGAGAAGAUCUUGUCUGACAAAGAGGUGAAACGGGCUCAAAACAGCCAACUGCGCAAAGCCUGUCAGGUUGCGCUAGAUGAAAUAAAGCUUGAAUUAGAGAAGCAGAGAGAUGGUGUAGCUGUGGUAUCGAAGUCGAACUUCAUUGAAGCAGAUAAAUAUUUUCUCCCAUUUGAGUUGGCCUGUCAGUCAAAAUCACCUCGGAUUGUGAGCACAUCUCUAGAUUGUUUACAGAAACUUAUAGCAUAUGGACACAUCACCGGUAAUGCACCAGACAGUGCAGUCCCUGGCAAACGCCUCAUUGACAGGAUUAUUGAAACAGUCUGCAACUGCUUUCAGGGACCCAUGACAGAUGAAGGAGUCCAAUUACAGAUCAUUAAGGCUUUGUUGACUGCAGUGACAGCUCCCCACAUAGAGAUACAUGAAGGCACCAUUUUGCAGACUGUCAGGACCUGUUACAAUAUCUACUUAGCCAGUAAGAAUCUCAUCAACCAAACAACAGCGAAAGCUACCCUCACACAAAUGCUGAAUGUCAUAUUUAACCGCAUGGAGAACCAGGCACUGCAAGAAGCUAGAGAUUUAGAAAAACGACAUCAGACACAAAAAUCCCACCCAUCCUCUGUAACCCAGAAUUCAGCAGGAUCUCCAAAAGCAGCAUGUCUCAAACCAAAGCUUGGUCAGGAGGAUGAAGUCCCAUCCCUGGAGCAUAUUGAAGAAGUCAAUGGCAUUAAAGAUGAUGGCCACAUAUCAGAUGAAAGAUCUGAAAAUGGAGGAGGUGGAGCAGAUUUAGAGCGCUAUGCUACUCCAGCAGGGUAUGAAGAAGCAUCUGAGAGUCAGAUGGCAGACAGUGCAGAGGAAGUUGUUGAUCAAAUCCUAGAAGAUGUGGUAAAUUCUGUUAUUGAAGAGUCAGAAAGAAAAUCUGAUUCAAACAGUAGUACCAGUGGCCCAGCUGAGUCAUUGCAUAGUAAGAAUACCGCACCUUCCUCUGGUCCCACUGAGAAUUCACAGCCUAAUGGAUUUCCUGAAGAUGGGCAUUCUGUAUCAUCAAAUGAUAACUUGGACUCUGAUAUACCGCAGGGACCUCAAAUUGGUGCUAGAUUUUCCCAUGUUCUACAGAAAGAUGCAUUCCUUGUGUUCAGAUCCCUCUGCAAGCUGUCCAUGAAACCUCUUGGAGAUGGUCCCCCAGAUCCGAAGUCCCAUGAACUUCGGUCCAAGAUUGUGUCCCUUCAGCUGCUUUUGUCAGUCCUUCAGAAUGCAGGGACAGUUUUCCGAACCCAUGAAAUGUUCAUCAAUGCUAUAAAACAGUAUCUAUGUGUGGCACUAUCCAAAAAUGGUGUCUCAUCUGUGCCUGAUGUGUUUGAACUUUCACUUGCUAUUUUUCUUACUCUCCUGUCAAAUUUCAAAAUUCACCUGAAGAUGCAGAUUGAGGUAUUUUUUAAAGAGAUCUUCCUGAACAUCUUGGAAACAUCCACAAGUUCAUUUGAACACAAGUGGCUUGUCAUUCAGACUUUAACUAGGAUUUGUGCAGAUGCCCAAUGUGUUGUAGACAUUUAUGUAAACUAUGACUGCGAUUUAACUGCUGCUAACAUAUUCGAACGCCUUGUGAAUGACUUAUCUAAAAUUGCUCAAGGUCGUAGCGGACAGGAGUUGGGCAUGACACCUGUACAGGAGCUUUGUCUUCGAAAGAAGGGUCUUGAGUGUUUAGUUUCCAUUUUGAAAUGCAUGGUUGAAUGGAGUAAGGACCUGUAUGUGAACCCCAACCUCCAGAGUAACCUGGGUCAGGAGAGGGUACCAGAUCCAGAAAGUAAUGAAAACAAAGUUCUCGAUCUAACUGGUAGACGUGGCAGUGCAAGUUCCUUUGAAUCAACAGUGUCUUCUGGAAUUGGAAGCAUUAGUACUCAGGCCUCUGCUCCUGAUGACCCUGAGACGUACGAAGUCAUUAAGCAACAGAAGGAGAUAAUCGAGCAUGGCAUUGAACUAUUUUCUCGAAAACCAAAGCGAGGUAUACAGUAUCUGCAAGAACAAGGCAUGCUCGGCACAACAGCUGAAGAAAUUGCACAGUUUUUGCAACAGGAGGAACGCCUGGAUUCUACACAAGUGGGUGAGUUUUUAGGUGAGAACAAUAAAUUCAACAAGGAGGUGAUGUAUGCAUAUGUUGACCAGCUGAAUUUCUGUGAAAAAGAUUUUGUGUCUGCACUUCGUAUGUUUUUGGAAGGCUUCCGCUUACCUGGUGAGGCACAGAAGAUUGAUAGGCUGAUGGAAAAAUUUGCUGCAAGAUAUCUUGAAUGCAAUCAAGGACAGACUCUGUUUGCCAGUGCCGACACUGCUUAUGUUUUGGCGUAUUCAAUAAUCAUGCUGACAACUGAUCUGCACAGUCCUCAGGUAAAGAAUAAGAUGACGAAAGAGCAGUAUAUUAAAAUGAAUCGUGGCAUAAAUGACAGUAAAGACCUACCAGAAGAUUACUUGUCUGAUAUCUAUGAUCAAAUUGCAGGCAAGAAAAUUUCACUGAAGGAGACCAAAGAGUACAGCAUUGCACCCAAGUCAAAGCAGAUUCUUGCUAGUGAGAAACAGAGGAGACUGCUGUACAACCUGGAGAUGGAACAGAUGGCUAAAACUGCUAAAGCCUUAAUGGAAGCUGUAAGCCAUGCACAGGCACCCUUUACUAGUGCCACUCAUUUGGAACAUGUACGGCCAAUGUUUAAGCUGGCAUGGACUCCUCUUUUGGCUGCUUACAGUGUUGGUCUCCAGAACUGUGAUGACACAGAAGUAGCCUCCCUCUGUUUGGAAGGAAUUCGUUGUGCAAUUAGAAUAAGUUGCAUAUUUGGAAUGCAGCUUGAACGGGAUGCCUAUGUGCAAGCACUGGCUCGUUUCACACUCCUUACUGCCAGUUCAAGCAUUACAGAGAUGAAACAGAAGAACAUUGACACCAUCAAAACCCUUAUUACAGUGGCCCACACUGAUGGAAACUACCUUGGAAAUGCCUGGCAUGAGAUCUUAAAGUGCAUUAGUCAGCUGGAAUUGGCACAGCUUAUAGGAACAGGAGUGAAAACACGCUAUAUCGCAGGAACAGGGAGAGAUCGAGAAGGCAGCAUCAGAAACUUCUCAGCUGGAGUGGAGGAGCACACAGGCUUAGGCUUGGGAAAUCUAGUUGGUGGAAGUGUUGAUAAGAAGCAGAUGGCCAGUAUUCAGGAGUCUGUUGGUGAAACCAGUUCACAGAGUGUAGUUGUUGCAGUAGACAGGAUUUUUACUGGAUCAACUCGUCUAGAUGGAAAUGCAAUAGUUGAUUUUGUUCGGUGGCUCUGUGCUGUAUCUAUGGAUGAGCUGGCAUCCCACCAUCACCCUCGAAUGUUUAGUUUGCAGAAAAUCGUGGAGAUCUCCUAUUAUAACAUGAAUCGUAUCAGGCUACAGUGGUCAAGGAUAUGGGAAGUGAUUGGUGAUCAUUUUAAUAAAGUUGGUUGCAACCCUAAUGAAGAUGUUGCUAUUUUUGCUGUUGAUUCUCUGAGGCAACUGUCAAUGAAAUUUAUUGAGAAGGGAGAGCUUGCCAACUUCCGCUUCCAGAAAGAUUUUUUGAGACCUUUUGAGCACAUUAUGAAGAAAAACAGGUCACCAACGAUUCGGGAUAUGGUGAUUCGCUGUAUUGCUCAAAUGGUGAACUCUCAAGCUGCUAAUAUUCGUUCAGGCUGGAAGAACAUCUUCUCUGUUUUUCACCAGGCUGCUUCAGAUCAUGAUGAAAGCAUAGUAGAGCUGGCUUUUCAGAACACAGGACACAUAGUCACAAGUAUAUUUCAGCAGCAUUUUCCAGCUGCACUUGAUUCCUUCCAGGAUGCAGUAAAAUGUUUAUCAGAGUUUGCUUGCAAUGCUGCAUUCCCCGACACCAGCAUGGAAGCGAUACGUCUCAUACGCCAUUGUGCUAAAUAUGUGUUUGAGAGACCUCAGGCACUGCAGGAGUACACAAGUGAUGACAUCAAUGUGGCACCUGGUGACAGAGUCUGGGUACGAGGAUGGUUUCCCAUUCUGUUUGAACUUUCCUGUAUUAUUAAUCGAUGCAAAUUGGAUGUUCGAACAAGGGGGCUCACGGUGAUGUUUGAAAUUAUGAAGAAUUAUGGCCAUAUAUUUGAAAAGCAUUGGUGGCAAGAUCUAUUCAGAAUAAUUUUUAGAAUUUUUGACAAUAUGAAACUUCCUGAACAGCAGACUGAGAAAGCAGAAUGGAUGACCACUACCUGCAAUCAUGCACUUUAUGCCAUCUGUGAUGUCUUCACACAGUUUUAUGAAACAUUAAGUGAUAUUCUGCUGGAAGAUAUAUUAAUACAGUUGCACUGGUGUGUGAAACAAGAUAAUGAACAGCUUGCAAGAUCUGGAACAAACUGCUUGGAAAAUUUAGUUAUUUUGAAUGGUCAGAAAUUCAGUCCUGGAGUAUGGGAUCAGACUUGCACCUGUAUGCUAAAUAUCUUCCAGACAACCAUCCCAAGCACUUUACUAACAUGGCGGCCAGUGAUAUCAGAUGACGAUACAGUGGACAAGGCCUUAGACAUUGACAUUGACCGUCAAUCGCUCAGUAGCAUGGAUAGGAAUCCUUCAGAAAGGGGACAAAGUCAGAUGUCCAACCCCAGUGAUGAGACUUGGAAGGGCAAGUCUUAUACAAAAAUAUCAGACUGUAAGCUGUUUGCUGGGCUUCUUAUUAAAUGUGUUGUGCAGCUUGAAUUGAUACAGACAAUCGACAACAUAGUUUUUUAUCCAGCAACUAGCAAGAAGGAGGAUGCGGAGAAUAUGGCUGCUGCCCAGAGGGAUGCCCUGGAUGCUGACAUUCAUAUUGAUACAGAAGAGCAUGGCAUGUACAAAUACAUGUCUUCUCAGGAUCUCUUCAAACUACUGGAUUGUCUCCUAGAAUCCCACUCAUUUGCAAAGGCCUUCAACUCCAAUAAUGAGCAGAGAAGUGCACUGUGGAGAGCAGGUUUUAAGGGCAAAUCCAAGCCAAACCUCCUGAAGCAGGAAACUAGCAGCCUUGCUUGCUCUCUGCGAAUACUGUUCAGAAUGUAUAUGGAUGAAAAUCGCAAAGAUGCAUGGAAUGACACUCAGAAGCGCCUCCUCAAUGUUUGCAGUGAAGCGCUUGCCUACUUUAUCACACUGACAUCAGAAAGUCACAGGGAAGCUUGGAACAACCUUUUACUUCUUUUUUUAACCAAAACUCUGAAAAUUCCAGAUGAAAGGUUUAAGGCUCAUGCUUCCAGAUAUUAUCCAUACCUCUGCGAAGUGAUGCAGUUUGAUCUUAUCCCUGAACUUCGGGCUGUUCUGAGAAAAUUCUUCCUGCGAAUAGGUGCAGUAUUCAAAAUCACAGAAUUACAAGAACAGUCACAACGAGAUGGGACAUAAUAGCUUGCUUGAGAAUCUGAAUAUUUUGGAGAAUUUCUGGCAUCUUUGGGAGUGACUGCUGACAUAUUGUGACCAUACAGAAGUGUGUGAAGCAGUUUUUUUUUUUUCUGAACGUUAAUUGGAGAGUUACAAAGACUGCUUCUGUUAUUCUGAAAAUUGUUUAAGAAUUAUUCCAUUCCUAGCAAUAUUUUAUGAAAUGUUUGCAAAGAUUCAGACAUUCUGCAAAAUACAUAGUUGGUACCUAGGUCUGGGACUGCCUCCCCUUUUGCUUUGAGGAUUCUAUAAUCUGGAGCAGAUAUAUUCAGUAUUCUUUAUGCAAAGUAUGUUGAAUGACUUUAUGUUCUAAUUUAUUUUCAAGAUUAUGAGAACUAUAAAUGGAGAUAUGCUGCCGUCACCCCAUGUCCUGCACUGUGACAUGAUUCAGUUUAAAUGGCUCCCUUUUAGAGCAGAGCUUAAAAGUUGCCUUUUAUUUUAAAGGGCAGAUAUUAUAAACAGAAUGUAUCUUUGAAGAAAAGUACUGUAUUGUUUUAUUGCCGUUAAAUAUAUCUAAAAUGAAACUGUAAUCGUAGAAAGUGGGAAACAUUAACACUUACUGAAACUGUUUUACUUCCAACCUUAGUUAAAAGUAAAUGUUUCCAGUGGCUGACCACAGAAGGUCUACAGGCACCUCUGAAACAUUGUGCAGUAUAUACUAAUCAGGAGUUACUUUUUUUGUAACAGUGUACAGAGGAAAUUGUGUUUCAAGUUUCCUCAGUUCUUAGCUGCUAGUUAAGCACCUCAUAUCAGUUAUAAAAAGAUGAAUGCAUUUGAAAACUUUGAUUUGUCCAUGUCAUUGUAAGAUGUCAUUGGUGUAAAGAUUUUGUUUUUGUACCAGCAGUUUUUCUUCUCAUCACCGUUUUUUUAAAUGAAUGGUACUAUUUGCAGAGCUUCAGGAAAGCUCUGUUACAUUUGCUGAACCAAAUGUUCCUCGCGCCUCUUUCAUGUUACAGACCAGUGGAGUCCAUGAAGGAAACAGUUGCACUAACAUACAGAACAUUAAAGGUAGAAGAAGAAAAUAAUUACAGAAAAGGUUAACAAGGACAUUACUUAUUUUAAAUUGUGCUCAGGUGUUUAUAGAUCUUACACUGUUCUCUUUCUCACCUUUCUGCUUAUAUAGUCUAGGAUAUGAUUGCAUUCCAAACCAAUAGUCUGGCUGUAUUUUUAUAUUUUCCCAUGACCUAUAUUUUAGAAGCAGCUAAUAAAAAGUUGUGGCUUGGUCUGUUCUGUUGUCAUAAGCUAAAUAUAUGACUGUCCAUUUGGCAGGUGCAGCCUUAACAUGGACGACUCCUAUGAACUUCAACAAGACUGUGAGGAACUGUGACAGCAGCUGCGCACAGUUAAUGGUGAUUCUAGCUUCUGAAAUUCCUGUUCCUUUCUAUGCAUGUACAGGUUCACCUGUAUGAAGCAGAGAAGGACAGAAGAGUUUUAAGAAAUGGUUGUGACUGUUGGGGAAUAGUAAGAGUAAAUUAUUAUGGCAUCUAACCCCCAUGUCUUGAUCCUUGCAAACACACACACACAGACUGACAGGACAGUAAUUGUAGUAGCAAAUGGUGGUAAGAGCAAACAAAUUAGGUAUGCCCCAAGCCUGAGAUGACAGUGGUAAAAGAGAUGAUGUAAGGUAAGAAAAAACAACCACUGCAGUGGCUUUAAAUGUAUGUAGCCUUCUCAUAUACAUUGCCCCACUGUAGCAUAUUGUGGCAUAUUUCUUAUCUUGUACUGCAGCUUUGUCAGAACUUGGUUCUGGCAUUCGUUUUGAUGUUUUUUUUUCUUCUGCAGUAAGGUAUAGUAUAUUAUUGGUAUGCAUACAACUUUUGUUUGGUGACCGUGUUUUCAUUUUUCAACCAUAUCACUGUAAUGAAACAAAUAGACUUGCAUGCCAGCACCACGAAUACCAUGCAGUUUAUUCAUACCCCUGUUAUUCUGCAGAUAGAAUGAAGAAACUUUUUAAAAAACACUGUGUACAGUUUGUCAUUUUAUGUUGUGUUGCAGAAGGAAAUGGAAGGGAGGAACAGAUGAAAUGAAGGAAACCUUUUUAAAAUACUAUGUGGUUUAUCAUUUUUGUUUUUGUGUUGUUGCAGAAGGAGAAGGGAUAAGAAUUCUUUGAAGCAUUUCUUAAACUGUGUGAUGUAUUGCACAAUAAGGACUUCCGUUUGUUAUUUCCCUGUGUGAGCAGAUUGUUGAAAUGAAUGUUUACAGCCUUAUUUGGUUACAUUUAAACACCUGCUCCCUUUUUCAGAAGUAAAACUGGCAAGUAAAAUCUGUGUUACAUGCUGUUGGAGGGGGUCAUUCAUUCAAGCUUGAGAUUAUGAGCUGAAGUAAUUUUUUUAGUGAGUUGUAAUUUUGUUGUGUAUAGACUUGUUACAUGUAUCUAUAUCUGUCCAUUUUAACUUGUGAAGAAGCAUUUAUUACAGAGCACUGGCAUCUCAUGAAAUAUGCCAAAAAGUAUACCUGCUUAGCACUUCUUAUUUCACAUAUCCUUAACAACAAAUUCAAAAACUCCAGCAUACUGUUAGAGUUCUAAACGGGUUAUCUCAAUGAUAUGUAUUUUUUUUGAAGUUUUGAAAUGAGUUAAGGGACAUUUCUUAAAUGUAGAUUUUAUGUUUGGAACUUUUCAUCACUGUGCAAAAUGUUUGCUGUCGCAUUUUGAGAUUGUAAAUUUCUUAAUUUUUUUAGCAGCAGAAUUGACCCACAUUGAACUAUAGGCAGUGCAACAAAUGUCAUUUUGUGUAGGAGUCUGCAUCUAUGCUUAUAUAUCUUAAAUGUAACACUGACCCAUUUUUGAACAUCAAGGACUUAAAAUUAUUUCUUAUAACAGUGGGAAUGUUACUCACAAAACAUCCAUGAAAUAUUCACUGAACUGUUUUGGAAUAUUAUUUUUAGUCUUCAUUUUGUUUUGCCAGAAAUUACUUGAUUAUAUUUUUAAUUUUAUUUUUAAUCUAAACACUAGACUAAUUUUGUGCUUUAUUGAUUUACCAUAAGGUAUAUCAGGCUCCUGUUUGCAUCUUUGACCUCCUCUGUUUUUGUGUGGCAUCUCUUUAGUAAUGUAUUAUGUAUGUGCUCUGUAAUGCGGUGUUAUGUGUGUAUGUAAUACCGUAUUACACAUCUUACAUUUGUUUGCCUUGGUAAGCCAGGGUGUAAAACUUGGUUGGUCUGUAGUUAGGUUUGUGAAUGAUUUGCUUACUAUAAAGUGCAUUUAAUAUUCAGAAUUAAAAAAAAACAUUCCGUUUCAUUGGAUGUAUACAUUUUUAAAAGAAUGAAUUAUUGAAAAAUUAAAUAACUAUGUAAAGUUUUCUAUGUAAAUAAUGUAUAAUAUGGUUAUAAUAUGCUAUGCUUUAAUCAGAUGAUAAAUUAAUAAAAGUUUUAAAAUCGUA